CUACUACAUACAAUGGUCUCUUCGUUGCAACUCGCGCCUAAAUCGAGUUCGAAUCACUUCACUACUUCAGUUUAUUUUAUUCUUCGCAUAUUCUUCUAGAAAGUGAGUCGGUGUGGUGUGUUCAAUGACGGCGUGGUUUUAAUUUUCGCGUGUUUUUUAAAUUUUAUUUUUCGACGUUUAAUUAAUUUAUUUUGUUAAUUUUUUCGAUUAAUAUUUCGCUUGUGAAUAUUUUUCGCGAAAUUGGAAAAUUUUUUCAAAUCGAGUUUUUUCUCAUUGAAGUGUUGUUGAGUGCAAGUGUUCGGUGUGUUUGUUCGAGAAUCUAUAGAGGUGAAAAUGCGGUUCGUUUUGGGAAUUUUCCUUAUUGGAUUACUAUUUAAUUCAGGUUACGGGAAACCAGCACCAGCAGAGGAGGAAGAAGACGGGUAUUUAGCUGACGAUAAUGCACAACUGGGCAAAGGUAACCCUACUAUCUCGACACAACCGCAAGAUUUUGUUGCACAACCUGGAGAUGAAAUAGUACUGCCCUGUGUUGUUGAAAACAAUGUUGGCGAAGAUGCAGUUGUAUGGAAAUUUGGAAACAACGCGAACAACGUGACCGUGACGUUGUUUAUUGACGCACACAAGGUGGGUAGUCAUGAUGCAUAUACGGUGGAACCUAAUCACACCCUGCGUAUACGGAAUUUUCGCAAUGAACUAGCUGGAAGUUAUACGUGUGCGAUACCUCAGUCUCCGACAGCUCAGUCUCAGAUACCCGAAAAAGCCAUUACACAUGUCGUUGGACCAAAAGAAAAAGUUGUCGUUGAAGCGAUAAUUGGUAACAAAAAAUACAUUGAAAAUUUAUCAGGACUGAAUAUUACCUGCCGUGUUAAAGGAUUUCCAACUCCUAUGAUUUCUUGGUCCAAAAAAAAUUCUGAAAACUCAGUCGAGCAAGAUUUGGGUACAAAAUCCACAGUGUAUAAUAUUCGUACCGUUACUUUUUCCGAUAGCGGUAUCUAUAUUUGCAGAGCAGAUAAUGGUCAAUCAUUUGACUCGAAAUCAACUGUUGUUCAAGUCAUUACUGGAGUUGGUCCGGAAUCAUCGAAGGUGUAUCCCAGUGAUGUGGAAGGUGCCACUAAACUUUGUUGUGUUUUCGAUGCAAAUAGAAAGAUGAACUGGGUGAAAGAUGGAAAAGCGGUUCCGAAUAGCGAUCGAUUCAGCAUCGAGGAAGAGAAACAUAAAAAUUGUCUAGUUAUUAAAAAACCCAAAGAAGAAGAUCUCGGAGUAUAUACCUGCCAGUCGGAAAAGAGUUCAGAACAUGCUGAAAUCGAGUUGAAUGGUGCUCCAGGUAAACCAGUGUUACAAUCAGUUCAUGAAGAUGAUGCGAAAAAUCCAGUUGCCACGUGGUCUGUCAGCAGUUUACUACCGAUCUCAGAAUACAAAAUAUACUCAAAAAAAGUAGAAGAAAGUGAAUGGAAAGAAGUAGAACAUAAGUCACUAUCGGCCACGGAUAAAAAAAAUGAAAUCACGUACACGUUUUCAAGCCUUACAAAUGGCCAGUACAGCGUUAAAUUAGAAGUUUCUAAUAGACACGGUCCCAACGAAUCUAUAGAUAAUGCAGCCCUAGUCGUAGAUCGCUAUAAUGAACCUAACGUCAUUAUGUCAGCAAAAAUAAACAGCAACGGAGCUGAAAGUCAAUACAGAAUAUCCAGUCUAUGUGUAUUAUUUGUUAUUUUAAUGAGAUUAUGGAGCUGUUAGUGCUUAUGGUGAGUUCUCAAAACGAAUAGUGUUCCAAAGAUUUAUAAAAAUAAUGUGCGCUUUUUACCGCUUCCACGAGAAAUGAAAACUUCCUCGAUAAUUACAAAAGUCCGAAAAUAUAAUCGUUUGAGACGAAACAUUGUUUUCUGGGAGCUUAUAAGCUAAAGCGUUUAUAACAUUAAUAUUUUUUUUUCUCUUUUAUAUAUCAAAAAUUACAUAUAUAUUGUUUCACCAAAAUGUAAAUGCAUUUUCAAAUUUUAUUUUAAGUUCCUAUAUAUAUGUAAAAAAUGUAUAUUGAUUUUUGAUUUGUUAUGAUUGAUUUGUGUACAUUAUUAAAAGUAUAAUUUUUACGAUUGAUAAAAUUAUGAUUUUGAUUUUCGACCAGUUUUCUAUUUCGAUGAUAUCAUUCCGUAAUUAUAAUUGUUAUUUGUUUUCAUUUUACAUCCGCCCGUUUUUACCUUAUUUAUUUACCUAUACUUAACACAGGAGUCACAUAACUUACGUCAAUCGAAAAAUCAAAUCUUAUUUUAUUUUAUAAUCAUUAUUUUUCAAAUGCUAAGUCGAAGUCGCUAUUUUCUUUCUUUGUUAAUAAAUUUAAUUCAUGCUUAAGUACGUUUUUUUUAUUAUUUUUUUUAUUAACAUUUUUGAACCAAAUAACGAUCGUUAAUCAAAUACGAGAAGUAUUUAUCAUAUAAUUUUGUACUAGUUGUAUAAGAUAUGAUUUUAAAAUUGUUUUAAGGUGCUUUUGUAUGAUCAUCGUUGCAUUAUAGAAAUAAUUCUUUCAAAUGCAAUUUCUAUAAACUACCAGUGAAUGUGAUAAAAAAAGAGAGUAAAAUCCGGUGCAGUUUUUUUUUAUUUCAAAUUUCAAUUGUAAAUACUUACAUGAGUACUUAUUCACAUACUUUGGGUCAAAAGCAUCUUAAUUAUUAGCGUUACCUUUUUUCUAUAAUUAUAUGUAUUUUAAAAUAAAAAGCUAUGUUAUGAAUUUAGCUAGAUAUCUAGUUUGUUAUUUUAUGUGUGUAAAUGUACAAUCGAACAAUACAUUUAAAAUCUUUGUCAAGUAUUAUUAUAAAAAAUCAGCUUUGAUAUUUCAUUUUAUAUAUUUAAAUGUACCUACACCUACAGGUAUACCUAUUAUGAUGCCAUACCUAUGUAGUUUUGAAAAAAAAAAUCCCUGUCAAAAUGGUAAAUUUUUCUAGUUUACUUGUUUUCAGUGUGAUGUUGAUUAUGUAUAGGUACCUAUUUUAAUUAUCUUCGUGUUUCAUAUGUGAUCAUAAAAUCAAAUAUACGAAAUGAAAUACCAAA